GCUUCGGGUCCCAUUUUCUCUCUGUUUCUCUCCCCAGUGGAUACGCGAUGAUAUACAUGCAUGCUACCAGAAAACAAAUCCUUUCACCUACGGUCUCGCGAAAUUAAUUACCGUAAUUACCUUUUUCGGUUUUAACAUUCUGACACAAGAACUGAAUUAUUUCUCCAUUUCGGAGGGAGAAGAGAGGGGAAAAUACUGUAAUGGCGAAAUCGAGCGCGGACGAUGAGGAACUUCGGCGGGCAUGCGAGGCGGCGAUAGAAGGCACCAAGCAGAACGUCAUAAUGUCGAUUAGAGUGGCCAAGAGUCAUGGGAUCUGGGGCAAAGGCGCCAAGUUGGGCCGCGGCCAAAUGGCCAAGCCUCGUGUCCUUGCUAUCUCUACAAAGGCAAAAGCUCAACGGACUAAAGCUUUUCUUCGUGUCUUAAAAUAUUCCAAUGGAGGAGUUCUUGAGCAUGCAAAGUUAUACAAGUUGAAGCAUCUUUCAAAAGUGGAAGUCGUAACAAAUGAUCCUAGUGGAUGUACUUUUAUGCUGGGUUUCGAUAACCUUAGAAGUCAGAGUGUUGCCCCACCUCAGUGGACGAUGCGCAAUGUUGAUGACAGGAAUCGUCUUCUUCUUUGCAUCUUAAACAUCUGCAAGGAUGUGUUGGGUCAUCUUCCCAAAAUUGUUGGCAUAGAUGUGGUGGAGAUGGCUCUCUGGGCUAAGGAAAAUACACCAAAUAUGCCUAAGAAGCAGGUUGACCUUCAAGAUGGACCUGUUAAGGAUGCUAUCGCAGAAGGUGACAUGAAAGUGACUGUUGAAAGAGAACUCGUGUCUCAAGCAGAGGAAGAGGACAUGGAAGCUCUUUUAGACACUUAUGUCAUGGGCAUCAGUGAGGCAGAGGCAUUUUCUGAGCGAUUGAAAAGAGAGCUUCAAGCUUUGGAAGCGGCAAAUGUGCAUGUAAUUUUGGAGAACGAGCCUUUAGUUGAUGAGGUACUACAGGGCCUUGAGAUUGCCACAAAUUGUGUUGAGGACAUGGAUGAAUGGUUAGGCAUUUUUAAUGUAAAACUUCGACAUAUGAGGGAGGACAUAGAGUCGAUUGAAACCCGCAAUAACAAGCUGGAAAUGCAUUCAGUAAACAACAAAUCAUUGGUUGAUGAACUCGAUAAGCUUCUAGAAAGAUUGUACAUCCCUUCCGAGUAUGCAGCAUGUCUAACAGGAGGUUCAUUCGAUGAGUUACACAUGCAUCAGAAUAUUGAUGCAUGCGAGUGGCUAACUGAAGCUUUACAAAACCUUGAAGUGCCCAGCAUCGAACGUUGCUACGCUUACAUGCGAUCUGUUAAAGAGAAGUGGGCAGAACUUGACAGGUUGAAGAAUACUUUUGCUAAAAGAGCAUCUGAGUUCUUGAGAAACUAUUUUGCUAGUCUGGUGGAUUUCAUGAUAAGCGACAAGAGUUAUUUCUCUCAGCGUGGACAACUGAAGAGACCUGAUCAUGCUGAUAUGCGGUUCAAGUGCAGGACAUAUGCUCGUCUUUUGCAACACUUGAAAAACCUUGAUAAGAAUUACAUGGAUUCAUUAAGGAAAGCCUACUGCAGCUCUCUCAAUUUGCUUCUUCGUAAGGAGGCUCGUGAAUUUGCAAAUGAGCUUCGUACUAGUACAAAAGCAUCAAGGAAUCCCAUUUCUUGGCUUGAAGGUCCUAUAGGUCCCAAUCAGACAGUAAAUAAUGCAGACACAUCCACAGUUGCUGAGGCAUAUGGCAAAAUGCUUACGGUUUUUAUUCCACUCCUUGUGGAUGAGAGUUCCUUCUUCGCACAUUUCAUGUGCUUUGAAGGCCUUGCCAAUGGGAAUAAAACUGAACAUGAUGAUCAUGAUUUGGGCAUCGAGGACAUUGAUGAUAAUAUCUCAAAAGAUGUUAAAAAUCCUUCAGAUCUGGAGGCACUGAACGAGUCACUUCAUGAUUUGCUUGAUGGAAUACAGGAAGAUUUCUAUGCUGUGGUGGACUGGGCAUACAAGAUUGAUCCUCUUCGUUGCAUAUCGAUGCACGGAAUAACAGAGCGUUAUAUUUCUGGUCAGAAAGCUGAUGCAGCAGGAUAUGUGCGUAUAUUACUUGAUGAUCUGGAAAACAGAAUUUCUUUACAGUUCAGUCGAUUUGUAGAUGAAGCUUGCCACCAUAUUGAAAGAAAUGAGCGAAACUUAAGGCAAGCUGGAGUCUUGUCAUUUAUACCCAGAUUUGCCAUUAUUGCAACCCGUAUGGAGCAGUACAUCCAGGGACAGUCAAGGGAUUUAGUCGAUCAGGCCUAUGCAAAACUUGUCACCAUAAUGUUUGUGACAUUGGAUAAAGUCGCUCAGGCAGAUUCAAAGUAUGAAGAUAUUGUGCUUUUAGAAAAUUAUGCAGCAUUUCAGAAUAGUCUGUAUGACCUGGCCAAUGUUGUGCCCACUUUAGCGAAAUUCUAUCACCAAGCAAGUGAAUCUUAUGAACAAGCUUGCACGCGCUAUGUCAGCACAAUCAUAUACACCCAAUUUGAACGGCUUUUCCAGUUUGCUCGCAGAAUUGAGGACUUAAUGUACACGAUCGCACCAGAAGAGAUCCCUUACCAGAUGGGAGUCUCAAAAGUGGAUCUGCAGAAGGUUGUAAAAUCAAGCUUAUCUGGGGUUGACAAGUCCAUCAGUACAAUGUAUAAGAAAUUGCAGAAGAAUUUAGCCUCAGAGGAGCUGUUGCCUUCAUUGUGGGAGAAAUGCAAGAAGGAGUUCCUUGACAAGUAUGACAGUUUUGCACAACUUGUAGCAAAAAUUUACCCAGGCAAGACCAUCCCAUCUGUCUCAGAAAUGAGGGAUCUUUUGGCAUCCAUGUAGAGAAGCAGUUCCUCUUGUAAACUCAGUAGUAGCAGUUUUGGAUUGGAGAGUUGAGUUGUGUCCAAUAUUUUUUAUAUUUUAUUAUUAUUAUUAUUUUCCCGAGUCCCAAAUGAGUCAAUCAAAGGCCGCUUUUAUCUGAGGGAAAAUAUAUCAAGACAGAUCUACUUACUUUUUGUUAAUAUUAGUCAGCUUCCGUUCAGAGUUCCGUUAUGAAGGAUAAUAAAUGCAUUAUAGAAAUCAUGUCACCUGCUUUCAGUUGUUUUCUUUUGAUCUUCUUUAAGCAUAUUUGUUAGGUACGAUGGAGUUCCAGAUAUUGUUGGUAAAGUGAGUAGUGUUUAUUAUACCGUGGGUUGCCUUGGGCAAAUUGGAUUGCCUAAUUUUGAAUGUUUUGUUGGAUGCUUACUCGUCCCAUUGCAUCAAUACAUUGGACCGUGCAGUGUUGGACAUGAUUAAAGAAGAUAAAAUCUUUUUUAUUAUUCUAUAUAGUAUUGUGUACUAAAAAACACUCGUCAGAACCGCAAGAAUUAGCCUGUAUCUUUCACCACAAUGGACAUGAAGCAUGGAAUAAUCUAUAUACGAAGGAUGUAAUAUUCAUCUGUCUGUAGCUUUAGUUUUUAUAACACUAAUCCAAACAUAGGAAAUAAGCAACCAAAAAAAUAACAAAAAGAAUAUGCCUAUAACAAUGAUAUUCUGUAUUUAUCUGGCUUGAUUAUUAAAGUUGCUGAAAAAAUAAACAAAUUCAGGAGGGCUCUUGUCUUCAUGCAUUGGCUGCAAAACUGCUUUGAUGUUUUAUGGAAACGAAUUUCUGAUAAAAUCCUCGACUACCUACCGGUAUCAGUGCCAAUAACUGCAAGUCUGGAAAGAAGAAAUAUGGAAGCAGAAGAAACAAAUAUAGCUGCAGCAAAACAAG